GCUGGUGGAAAGCCCCACCCGAGCUCUCCUGGAGGGCAGUGCAGGCAGGUGGACUCGGAUGCCUAAGCAGUGAACGUCCCAGGCUGGGGAGGAGGUGACGCAGGUCGCAGAGGCACCCGGCAGUAGGUGUGAGGUGAUCUAGCCUGGCUCCCACCGUAGCCUGGCUCCCUGGCGUCUGAUGAUGAGUUUGACCCCAUCCAGGGGAUGCCUCCUGGACCUGCCCUGGGAAGAUAUCUUGGUUCCACAUAUCCUCUGUCAUCUGCCACUGCAGCAGCUCCUGCGCCUGCAGAGGGUCAGCAAGUCAUUCCAGUCUCUCAUCCAGCUGUACCUGGCCAACAUGCGCUGCUUUGACUCAAGCCAGAUUGGACCUGCUAUCCCUCGAGCUGCUUUCGUUAACCUGCUGAAGGACAACGAAGUACUGCAGCAGUUGGUGCUCCAGAACUGCUCUGACUGGCUGACGGACAGGGAGCUGCUCCCGGUCAUCGGGCAGAACCACCACCUGCACCAGAUCCAGCUGAAGGGCUGUGCCCAGCUCAGUCGCCACGCGCUGGUGGCCAUCUCGCUGAGCUGCCCCAACCUGCGCCGGCUCUCCCUGGCUCACUGUGAGUGGGUGGACAGCCUGUCCCUGCGCAGCCUGGCUGACCACUGCAAGGCGCUGGAGGCUGUGGAUCUGACGGCCUGUCGCCAGCUGAAGGACGAGGCCAUCUGCUACCUGGUGCAGAAGUGCAGCAGGCUCAAGUCUCUGUCGCUGGCUGUCAAUGCCAAUGUGGGCGACGUGGCAGUUGAGGAGAUUGCCAAGUGCUGCCCUGAGCUGGAGCACCUGGACCUCACGGGGUGUCUGCGAGUCAAGAAUGACUCCAUCAGGGUCCUGGCUGAGUACUGUCCCAAGCUGCGCUCGCUGAAGGUGAAGCAUUGCCACAACGUGGCCGAGUCCAGCCUGAGCAUCCUCCGAAGCCGUGGGGUGGAGCUGGAUGUGGAGCCUCCGCUGCAGAGGGCUCUCGUUCUCCUGCAGGACGUGGUUGGCUUCGCCCCUUUCAUCAACCUCCAGAUCUAGAACUGCUGCUGCCGGGGAGGGGGGGACUGACACGACACUGGGAUCCCGGGAGGAUGCCGGAACCGGCUGCUGUGGAGAUGUGCAGAUGGAGAGGUCGGUCCUGUUCGUGAAGCUGGCCCAAGUGGGGCUCACUCUUUCCUUUGGGGCUGUUUAGCAGCCGCUGGGUGUUUGUGAGUGGGCUUCAUUGGUGCCUCUGGGGAAAGUAACUCCCUCUGCAGUGGCGUGGAGAGCGCGAGUGACUUGCAGGAACACCAUGGUGCUGAACAGGCCUUGGCCAGGCCAGCUAAUAGAUAGGAUUUAUUAUUUGUUGUAUUUUAAAUCUCUAAGCAGCAGCUGUCCAGAGAGCAGGAGAGCGUUUGAUGGGGACUGUGCCCUGAGGUGGGUGUGCAGGGCAUGCCAGCAGAGCUGUGGAACAAACCAGGCCAGCUGGAGCAGAAAGGAGAAGAGCUGCCAGCCCUCCUCUUGGGAGAGGGCAGGCCCCUCUGGGCUCUGGGAGGAGGGCAGAGUGAGCCCAGCUCCAGCCUGUGGCCACUGGCCACACUGGCACCAAAGGGCUGGCAUGACCCCCGUGCAGCCAGUGUGUCUGUCCCGGCCUAUGGUGCUGGUUUAGGCUGGUGCAAGGUGGGAGUUGUUUUCAGGGGGAACAUGCUCCUAACUGCAGUUUCACUGACAGAAAAACAAACCUAGCUGUGCUGUCACUGAAAGCAGUUGGUCAUCGCCAUUUGUUUCUUCCAGCUUCUGACUUAACAUUUCAGCGGUGCCCAGGCGUGCUACUAUAUCCUGCUCCAUGUUGCAUGGCUGGAGCUUUGGCACUCAACAGUGGUGAGAAAUGGCAGGAGCCCUGGCCAUGCUGUCAGCUGGAGUUCAUGGAGUGCUGCAGGUUGUGUUGGCAGGGAGAGCCUAGCUCUGGUCUGGAGUGCAGCCUCAGCCCUUGUAUCCACUAGGUGGUUAACCAAACAGCAGCCACAUCUUGUGGUGAAUGUGAUGAAGACAGUAAUUAGGGGAAGAGAGGAUGACCCUGCUCCUAUCUUUGGCCCCAGGAGGGAUUGGAGGCAGUGUCCAUAAAGCAUGUGCAUGCUCCGGCUGAACUACACACCAACUCACAUCAUCUUUAUUAACACUGGCACUCAAUUUAAAGCAACAGUGCACACAGACUUGUAAAAAGCUUGCUGCAAAAGCACAAGCCACAUCUUAGAUCUAAAAAUGUCCCAUGCAAGGAAUAGCAGAGAAUGCCCAGGCCCCAGAGAGCCACUGCGGUGUGCCCCUGGGGGCAGAGGGACAGCUACACAAGGAGAGAAGUUUCCUCCUUGUCAACCAGGUUAGUUGAGGAAGCUGAAAGCAGUGUUCUGGCUCCCAGGUUAGUUCCAGUUAGUG